UGGACAUCAAUAACAAGAGGAAGUGACCUUAUUCAAUAGAAAGAGGACAAUCAUUUAGACGUCAAUUGCUAGAGGACAUCUUUCAGAUCAGAAGGAGUGUGUGAAGGUUGAGGAUAAGUCUAUCAUUGGUACUCAACACCAAUCAAUAUCUGUACUUUUCCAUGGGAAUUUGAUGGGUGUAUUGUAGCUAUCCAGGAGAUAUUCUGGAUUACAAAGCAAUGAGACUGGAGUAGGUUGGAGAUUAACUAAACUACACUUGUUGGAUUGUUGUUGUGGACUUCUGGAUAAGGUAGUGGAACUUCAGCAGUGUUAGGUAUACAGGUCUGUUUGGAAUAUAUAUUGAUUCUUAUAUCAGACAGUGGAGAGAUUUGUAAAUCAUUAUGAUGUCUGGUUUCAGUGAGUAUUUCAUCAUGACCUAACACAUGGAGACAAAUUACUAACAAAUUAUUUGUAACAGAGGCUGAUGAAAUUUGUCUCAGGAUUACUGAGUUUAUGUUACAAGGAGCAGAUAAAUUUCUGUGAGAAACAUUUGAUUUGUACUAUAUAACCUUGAUUGACCCUGACCGCUGUUAUGAAUGGUACGGGUGUAAACUACGAAGAACAAGAUGGCAGCAGUAAAGAUUGCCACAGAAGUGGCAGUAUUAAAUGUCAAAGGGAUGGCAGUAAAAAACAGCGUCGAAAGAAGAGUUUAAAAAAGUCGGAACCAAACACUAUCGAGAACAUUGUGCGUCCUUUUAUCCUUUCUGAUGAUGACUAUAAGGAGAUCAUGGUACGUAUGCGACAAAGGUUUGACGAAGGCCUUGGAAAAGAGACAAAUCCUACUGCCUCCGUGAAGAUGUUCACAACAUAUGUCCGUGGUGUACCUGAUGGCUCAGAAAAUGGAGAGUUCCUUGCUCUAGAUCUCGGAGGAACUAAUUUCCGUGUCCUGCUUAUUUCCCUUGAUGGACAGGAAGUGAAGAUGGAAAGUAAGAUUUUUCUGAUCCCCCAACAGAUUAUGCUGGGUAGUGGCAUUCAGCUCUUUGAUCACAUCGCUGAAUGUAUAUUUAAAUUCAUGAAGGAGCACAACAUUCUCCAUAAGAAUAUUCCGCUUGGAUUCACAUUCUCCUUUCCCUGUAAACAACUGGGUCUUAACAAGGCUGUUCUGGCCCACUGGACCAAGGGCUUCAAGUGUGAGGGUGUCGAGGGGGAAGAUAUUGUUCGCCUGCUCCACGAGGCCAUACAAAGGAGAGGGGAUAUAAAUGUUGAAUGUCUGGCUGUCAUUAAUGACACUGUUGGUGCUCUUAUGUCAUGUGCCCAUAGUAACAGGAAAUGUGCAGUGGGCCUCAUUCUCGGUACAGGAACUAAUGCAUGUUACAUCGAGCGUAUUGACAAUGUGGAAUUAUGGGAUGGUGAUGAUGAGGAACCUCGUGAGGUGAUGAUCAACACAGAAUGGGGGGCAUUUGGAGAUGAUGGGGCUCUUGACUUUAUCAAAACUGAUUAUGACAGAAAGGUUGACAAAACCUCAAUCAAUGCUGGUAAACAAACAUAUGAGAAAAUGAUUUCUGGUAUGUACAUGGGAGAGAUUGUAAGACUUCUACUGGAGAAACUCCGAAAGGGUGGUCAUUUAUUUGGAGGAAAAGGUUCCGAAGAAUUGUCUACAAGGGGUCGAUUCUACACAAAAUAUGUGUCAGAAAUUGAAAGUGAUGUUGAUGAACACUUCAAGAAUACAAAGCAAGUGUUUGAGGAGUUGAAUAUAGAGAGAUACACGGACGAAGACUGUCGUAUCACUCAGUAUGUGUGCUCCCUCAUCUCUACCAGGGCUGCCUACCUAGCUGCUGCAGGCAUUGGGUGUAUAUUAAACAAGAUGCAGCGUCCUGAUGUUACUGUGGCAGUAGAUGGAUCCCUGUAUCGAUUCCACCCACACUUUCAUGAUCUCAUGGUGGAAAAACUCAACCAGCUCGUAGAACCUGGAAUCAAGUUCAAGUUGAUGUUGUCGCAUGAUGGUAGUGGAAAGGGGGCUGCUAUAGUAACAGCUGUAGCUCAUCGGUUACGACAGAACAAGAGUUGCAAUCAGCUAGACCAGCUUGCAGAGGAUUUACAGAAACAAGAGCUAGAAGCACACUGACCACUCCAGAAUAUUAGUCAAAAAGAACUCUUCCUCAAUGACUACACAGUCACUAUCAUUUUCUGAUCCUACAGUCAAACUGUCAAAAAUCAUUCAAAAAUGUGAAAGAUUAAAAAUAAUAUUAAAAGACAUUUAGCUUUAUGACAGCCAUGACUGUGAUCUAUAAAAGUUGUCAGUGGCUUGUUCAGGUUUAGGAUUAAAUCCUGUCCUGAUGGUGUCUGUUUGGUGAAACAUAGAGAAAGGUCUCGUUCACAUAUUUGAACCCAGUGAACCUGCCAAUGGCUUGGACAGCUAGUGCAUGCUCCAUUGGUUGCUAGGUGAUCACAAUAUUAGCAGACACUGGCAGCUUAUCAUGUAAACAAACCUCGUUUCAUUUUCAGCUUAAGCUUCAGUUUUGUGAUUGAGAACUGUUAACAUUGAACUUGUUUAUUUAUAUAUAUCCUCUGUUGCCAUGAUGUUUGCUUGACGGUCGUUUGCCAUAACAAUGCAAGUUGGCGCCGGUUUACGAGUAUGUGUGAAUGCUAGUUUGUGUAUGUGUGUGUGAACAUGUGAAAGGAUGCGUAUGACAGAAUGUAUGUUUUCACUAUAUUAUAUGCAAAUACAUGCAUCCGUAGAAUUUCCCCAUUCUGUGUGUUGCCUUUAAGUCAGAAUUGUUGACCAUUCAAUAUUUGCUUUUUAAAUAUGAUCCAUGUGCAUCUCCAGUAAACUGCAUAUUUCAAAGAUUUGAGAAUAGAUAUGCAGUAUAAGUGUUCAAAGACUUAAUUUACCUGUAUAAGUUACUGUGGUUACAUUUUAUCUAUAUGUUACUAUGGUAACAGAAAAAGUAGCAGUAUCUGUUAAAUACACCAAAACCAUUCCAUCCCUGAGGAUUAUAUAAUCAUUGAUAUUUUAUUGUCAAUGUUAUACUAUCAUGUGUGCAAUUGCUGGCCCCAUUCAUCAAAUGCUGUUUUAAAUAUUAAAAACAGCUGUUACAUGGUGAUGAGUUUUUGUUUUUUUGUCAAGUUGGUAAUGAGGUGGAGACUAAGGUUACAAUAUUGCUUCGGUUUCUGAUUGUAAUCGUUCUAUACAGUACCAGUGAUAAGAAGGAAAGUUUCUGGUCACAAUAUUUCUAUACAGUACCAAUGAUAAGAAGGAAAGUUUCUGGUUGUAAUAGUUCUUUACAGUACCAGUGAUAAGAAGGAAAGUUUCUGGUCGUAAUAUUUCUAUACAGUACCAGUGAUAAGAAGGAAAGUUUCUGGUCGUAAUAGUUCUUUACAGUACCAGUGAUAAGAAGGAAAGUUUCUGGUUACUAUCAGGUAGUCAAGGAACCAAUAUCCGGAGUUUCAAAAAUUCAAAAUGCAAAUAAUACAGGGAAAAAUUGUAUUUCUCUUAUAUAAUUAGUGUUUAUCUCAUAACUACCAGUUACUGUGUCCUAACAAUGUUUCAUAAAUGGUGAAUUGACAUUUUAUUACUCUUUUUAUAUAGUGCUGUUAGUGACUUCACCUAGUAAUGUUUGAAGUUUGGUUGUUGGUCAUGAUUGAUUUUGGUUACAUGAUAAACAGAAUCUCACAUUUCAAAUCAUUUCAUAGGAGAUUUAUCAGUUGCAUAAACCAUUGUCAUUUUAACUUAUUAAUUGGUUUGUUAUCAUGAAAAGAUCUUAGAUGUCUUGAAGUUUGUGAAGUAUUUUAUAGUCCACAAGGGUUUUGUAUAUAUAGACAGUCAAAUCGGGUAAUUUACAUGCAGAUGGUCUGUUCAUGGCCUGAAACAGUCCACUGUUUCAGAUUGUUAGUUGAAGAUCUGUUUACAUAGUAUUCUAGUAUUCCACACACAUUAUAUUAUAAAACAAUUUUGGGAUCAGAUUUUGUUUAACAAGAACAUACAUAACAACGUUAUUUCUCAUUCUUUUCCAAACAUAUGUACCAGUGCUGUGAUGAUCAGAUGUCUAGAUCUGAUCAACCUAUGUCUUAUUAUCUUGUGUUAAAGUCAAUUAAUGAUCAGAAAGCAUGUUUGAUUCAAUCUUAAGAAAAAUUUCAGAUGAAAGAAAAAGUGUGAAAAAACCCAUUUAAAGCAAUAACCCUUGGGUACAACUAUACAAAAGUUUUCAUUUACACAGAGAUAAAGCCAAUCCAAAUACAAUAAGCUGUAUACCUUGCUUUUUGUUAAUUGCUAGAAGUUCUAAUAGUGAGGAUAUAAUAUGGUGUUUAUCUAUAAUCUAUUUGAGGAUCUAUGUGUAUUAAGUUCAAAAAGGGUGAACAGAUUGGUGUUAGAUUCAUCGGUAUGAAAUAGGAAGAUCUCAACCUGCUGGGAAAUUGACAAGCACAAAUUAUAGGCUUGUGGAAUGUUGGGCAACUUCAAAAUCUUUUCUGAAGAAUUGACAAAUACAUACAAUUUUCAGUGUUCUUAGCAGCACAAAAUAAAGUUUUUUCAAAAAUCCACAUCUGAAAUUUCUUUUUGUGUUAAUGUAAUAAAAAUGCUAGAAAUCUGUUGAA